GAUUUUGUCACCCAUCAACGUGCAUCUCUACUCCAACAUCUACAUUUCGGUAUCACUAUUCGCAAUAGCUGGACUCAUGGUAUAGGCUUUAUCCAAGCCCUACAUAUCAUACACCAAAUCGUGACGGUCGCGUGCGACAAACACUUAACUACCAUGGUAGACGCCACCCCAAAGAAAAGCGGCUUCCGUGCCAUGUUUGGAAUGCGAUCAAGUACCCCAAAAGAGCCAUGGACACGUAAGAAGCUGUCAAAGAAAGGGUCACGGAUGGAUAUGUCGCGAAAUGCUGGUUCCACCAUUACAGCGGAUCCACGGCGUCAGGACUCUGGCAGCUUCUCCAGUCAGCACAGUGGAGAACGGGCCAGGCGACAUGCGACCUCGCCAACAUAUGAGGAUACCACAGGCUACCCGCCACACGUCUUUCGUGACGACCCAUACACGGCAAUCAGGUCUGGAUCAAGUGCCAUUCCGGUGUAUCUGCAAUCAGAUGCCGAAUAUCGCCGUAACUCAGAGGGAUUACAACAAUAUGCUGCUCCUUUGUACCAAACAACUACUACCAACUCUGCGAGGACGGGCUCGCUGCCACAGAUUUACCACGAACGCGCGGAGAACAAGCACCAGAGAUUACCAUCCCGACCUCCCCCUACGAAACUAAGCAAGGCUCAUCGAGCGCCAACUCGCCAGGAUGACAUCCUUGACAAGGACACUGGUGAGCGCAAAGACCUUACUGACAUGAUGCACGCCUUCACAUAUAAUGAGGCUCUCGACUCUGUUGACGAAGUAAACCCCCAUGUCAAAGAAGUCUUCUAUGACCCCACCAAACCUGAUGGAAUAGCUAUGUUAGGCGGGGUAUCUCCCGAAAUCUGGCUGCAUGUAGCGGAGUAUCUGUCGCCGUUGGAUGUUGCUCAUCUUUCGUCGACAUGCCGCACUAUGUUCACUCGCCUGGGUCGCCAACCGUACAAAUUGCUAUUGGACCCUGUCAACCGCCCUGAUCGCCUCAAUUUCCUACUUGCGAUGGACCACAAGCUACCCCGCCAUCUGUUCUGCUUCCCUUGCGCCCAAUGGCAUCUUCGGAUACAGCCAGGAUUCGAGACACUCAAGCCUCACAAUGUGCUCAACCCAUUGUUCGAGUGCCCCAACUUCACAAACAAUCUUCUUCCGCCUCCGAGGAUCCGCAUCAGCGAGGGUCGCACGUUGCCGUUUGCUUUUGUGCAAUUAGCAAGGCGACACUGGGCAUUUGGGCCUGAGUACGGCGUUUCACAUCAAUCACUCGCACGCCGCUGGAAGGACCCAUACUCUCCCUGGUCGCAUGAGAGCAAGUACCACGUCACCGACAAAGGUCACGUCCUGAUGCGCAUCAAGUCACAAGCGUACGUCGAAGGCGGCAUGACAAUAGCGGCCAAGCGCAUGCUACUGUUCAGCAGAGACGAUUACACACCAUAUUUCAGUGUAUGCAGUCAUUGGAAGAACGGCGUGCUUACAUCGGUACCGAAAUGCGCGCUUGAUCACAUCCCAGUUGCGGAGGUGAAUAUGGUGAACGGAAUCAAAGACCGCCUGGCUCCCAAGAAGGCUGUUGGCAAUGUGCCUACCUGCCAGAAAUGCAGACCUAUGCGCCGCUGUCCGGAGUGCCCUACGGAAUAUUUAUUCGAGCUGAAGAUGGUAGAAGAUAAGACUGUGAAGAGCAAUGGAGCGGAGCGGUUCAAGCAGGCUCUUGUGGUGACAAGAUGGAGCGACGUUGGACCUGGAAGAAGUCCUGUCGACAGGGAGUGGGCAGCUAUCACCGGCGAGAACGAAGAGUACGACAGCUUCCAGGAGAUUGGCAGAAGAGCUAUCAGUGGUGUGUUCGAAAGUGCUUUCACUGACACGACACCUGGUCAGAGGAUUGUAACAAUGAACCCUAAGAAGGUCAAGGCAAAUGAGAUCGGAGGUGACUGGUACUAGGCGAUUCAGCCAAGACUUCAGUCCGGCUCGUAUUCUACGACUUGUGGAAGCUCUGUAGCAAUACAAACGACUUCAC